UUGGGCGUCGUGCUCUGGGCGGUGGUGGUGGUGUUGGCAAUGGGGGUUGAGGGACGCCGAACGGCUUUGCGGGACAUGUAUUGUGGCGAAGCGGACUGUUACUCGAUCCUCAACCUUGAGCGUGAUGCGACUGCGCGUGAAAUCAAAAAGGCCUAUCGUGCCUUGGCCUUGCUCCAUCAUCCAGAUCGCAGCAAUCCCGAUGCAGAGCAACGUUUUCAAACAAUCGCUGUGGCCUAUGAGACCCUGCGUGACGAGGAUGUUCGCCGCGAUUAUGAUUACUACUUGGAUCAUCCCGAGCAAGCGCUGCACAACAUGUAUCGCUACUAUCGACACGUCCAGGUGCCCAUGACCCCCAUCGUUGUCGGCGUGAUCCUCUUUAUCAGUACCUUGCAAUAUGUCAGCCAGCAUACGCGCCACUCCUUUGCGCGGCGGGCCAUCACCUACGACACCAAAAAGCGCCAGCAGAUCAAACGUGAGCUUCACGACGAGCUCAAGGAUAUGACUACCAAGGUCCGUGCGUGGUGGCCCGAGCGCAACGCACGGGUGGACGAGGAAAUCGUCUCACGUGUUCGGUUCACUGGGGCCCAUGCACCCCCAGACAUCUCGAAGCUCCUUGCCGUUCAAAUUCUGCUGCUUCCCAAAACUCUGCUAGAUUAUGGCUUGUGGCAGUGGCGUUGGUAUCAAAAGUACACGCGUGGACAGGAGGAGUAUGCCGAUGAAGACAAGCUCUACUUGAUGUGCCGACACCUGCACAUGCCGCGCGCGCGCUUUGAG